AUGGAACCGGAACCGUCCCUUGCCGCUCUACUCGAGGCUAUCACAGCCCUCACAGCCACAGUCAGGUCCCUCCAGGACCAAAUCAAAUCACAAGGCCAACAGCUCAAUGAGCUCAAGGCCAUAUGUAAGGAGACCGCCAACUUACUCAGCGACAAGGACCAAGGAACCCAAGCCCAGCCUGGCCCAUUGGUUGGGCCUGUCACUCCCCCCACUCAUACAGGGGGAGAAGCGCACACUCCAGGAACGGUUAGGCCUGAACUCAAGGCCCCCUUCCGCCCAUCAAGAGGAAUGGGCUUUGACUCAGAAGAGGAGGAAGAACCCAGGCGAGCUCCCAAAAAAGAGCCUCGCGACACGCCUAAACGGAGCCUCAGCUCCCUCACCCCCUUUGAUGCAGGGUCCAGCGUAAAGCAACCCAAAAUGGAACUCCCAGACCCAUACAAAGGAGACUCCAGGGGAUGGAAGGCAACCCAGUGGCUAGACCGUAUGCUGCUGUGGGUUGCGCUUCAUCAAGACCAAUUUGAUGAAGAGGAACAAAUGGUUGUGUGGAUUCUAUACCACAUGACAGAUAAAGCUGCCAACUGGGCUCUUCCCAUUAUUGGGACCAUUAUCAAGGGCAAGGGAAAUCCCCCCACUACCAUCCCGGCCUUAACGGCCAAAUUCAAAGAAGCCUUCGCCGAUCCAGAUGCGAAGAGGGCGGCCACCAGGAAAAUCGCCGCGUUGACUCAGACCACCACCACGUCUGAGUACGUCACAGAAUUCUGCAAUCUCAUGGCAGAACUUGACUGGAACACUGAGGCGUACAUUGCCCAGUUCACGCGCGGUCUUCACUGGAAGGUGAAAGAACUCCUGUCCACCAAGGACAACAUUCCCAACAAUGACCUGGAGGCCAUAUUUGCCGCCUUGGUCAAAAUUGACAAUACUCGUUGGGAGAACAAGGAAAACCGCCCCAAGAAGGCUCCCACCAAAGCUCCGGUCGCUGCAACCACCUCUACCACCACCACUACCACCAGGGUCCGUUUAUCAGAGGACCCCAAUUACGUCACUCCGGAAGAACAAGACCGUCGCCGCGCGUCUGGCCUCUGCGUCAAGUGCGGUCAAAAAGGGCAUGGCAUCAAACAAUGCCCAAAUGGAUGGAAGGCCACGAUCAAGGAGGUUGCCAAGUCCCUGGCCCCUAAAAUAGAUGUGCAUGUAUCAGAUUAUGAAUUUGUGUCUUUAGCUCUGGACUCAAAUAAAAAACCCUUAUUGUUUAUCAAUCUUGAACUGCACGACUUCCCGACGGAACAUCUCAAAACCCUAAUUGAUUCAGGAGCCACAUCAAACUUCAUAUCCCCCUCAAUUGUGGAAAAAUAUAAAAUCCCAAAAACCCAACUUGAAAAUCCACGAGUUGUGAGAAUGUUAGAUGGUACUAUAUCUCAGACUGGUCGCAUUUGGCACCAGGUUCACCUCACGGUUUUGGCCAACGGCCAUUCCCACUCUAUCCCUUUCCUAGUCUGUCCUAUUGGAAACACACCCGCCAUACUUGGUAUGACAUGGCUUACUCAGGAGUCACCCCUCAUAGAUUGGAACCAAGGCACUAUCACUUUCCCCGACCAAGUCCAAAUAGCCUCGGAGGAGGAAGCAGACCCCAACCCAUUAGCUGACUUGCCCACGGAAUACCAUGAAUUUGCUAGGGUAUUUGGCGAAGAGGAGUUUAAGGUCCUUCCCCCACACAGGGAAUAUGACAUCUCAAUUGAUCUAACACCCGACACCAAACUCUCCCCCGGACCUAUCUACGGCAUGACCAAUGCAGAAUCCAAGGCGCUUAAACAACACAUUGACGAGGAAUUAGCAACGGGCAAGAUCCGCCCCAGCACUUCCUCAGCAGGCGCUCCGGUCAUGUUUGUCAAAAAAGCAGACGGGUCAUUAUGCUUGGUAGUAGAUUACAGGAAGCUCAAUGAUGUCACACUUAAGAACGUUUACCCACUCCCUAGGCAAGACGACCUCAUGGCUAAACUCAGAAACGCCAAACUGUUCACUAAACUGGACUUGCAAUGGGGGUACAAUAACGUCAGGAUCAAGGAAGGAGAUGAAUGGAAGACAGCAUUCAGGACUAAAUAUGGGCUAUUUGAAUAUUUGGUUAUGCCAUUUGGUCUCACUAAUGCCCCGGCCGCCUUCCAACAUUUUAUGAACAACCUAUUCCGGGAUCUCAUUGACGUCACAGUGGUCAUUUACUUGGACAAUAUCCUGAUUUUCUCAGAAGACCCUAAGGAUCACCCUACCCACGUCAGGGAAGUUCUGUCUUGGUUAAUGAAGAACCAGCUAUUCUGUAAAUUGUCCAAAUGCCAUUUUCACGUAACCACGGUCAACUACCUAGGAAUUGUCAUCUCACCUGCAGGAUUCUCCAUGGAUCAGAAGAAAAUUGAGGCAGUUACGUCAUGGCCUACCCCCAAAACAGUCAAACAGGUCCAAGCCUUCCUGGGUUUUGUAAAUUACCUCCGCCGGUUCAUUCCCAACUUUAGCUCCAUCGCACGCCCUCUACAUAAUCUCACCAAAAAGGAAACCCCUUGGUCAUGGGGUAACCUGGAGGAAACCGCCUUUCAGGAACUAAAAACCCUUGUCACCCAAUCACCAGUCUUGGUCCAUUCCAAUCCAGAACUUCCUUAUUACCUGGAAACAGAUGCAUCAGGAGUAGCCAUGGGAGCAAUCCUUAGUCAAAGAGGAGAAGAUAACCGCUUACAUCCAGUGGCUUACAUGUCUAAAUCCUUCUCUGGCGCUGAGGCUAAUUAUGACACCCAUGAUAAGGAGCUCCUAGCCAUAAUCAAGGCGUUAGAAGAAUGGCGGAUCUUCCUAGAAGCAACGGACAGACCAAUCCAGGUUUUCACAGAUCAUAGAAACCUGGAAUAUUGGAUGCAGGCACGGACAUUUAACAGAAGGCACGCGCGUUGGCGGAUCUUCCUGAGCAACUUCAACUUUGAGAUCCACUAUCACCCAGGAAAACAAUCAGGAAAACCGGAUGCUCUCUCCAGAAGAUCAGAUUACAUUGAUAUGACACCAGAGCCAGAAGUCAUAUUGCCUGCAGAAGUCUUUGCCAACACGUCAGAAGAAGAACUGGAAAUUGUCACGGAGAUCCGCGCCAAGCUUAGGGAGGACCCAUCCCUUGAUCCCAUUAUCCAAUUCCUCACAGAAGACGCAGACAACGCUCCCCCUUCAAUUUGUAAGGCAUACAGAGAUUAUGACUGGGAAGAAGACCUCCUCUGGUACCGCGGUAAACUAGUUGUCCCAGACUCGGAAACCCUGAAGGAACAACUACUCAAGGAAUUCCACGACUCACCCCUGGCAGGGCACCCUGGACAGCAAAGAACCCUGGAGCUCCUAAGCCGCAACUACUGGUGGCCGGGUAUGAAGUCAUCCGCCAAGGAAUGGGUAGAAUGUUGUCCUACCUGCCAAGCCAAUCGCCGCGCUCACGCCCCUGUCAUUGCCCUGAAACCCUUAGAAGUUCCCCCCUUCCCGUUCCACACAAUUUCCUACGACUUCAUCACAGGAUUUCCCAAGUCCAACGGGCACGACGCAAUCUUGGUAGUAAUUGACUCCUUCUCCAAGUUUGGACAUUUUAUCCCAACUUCCAAAAAGGUCACCGCAAAGGGUCUUGCUGACUUGUUCAUCACUCACGUCUGGAAACUCCAUGGAUUGCCUGUCAAAACCAUCUCAGAUUGGGGAACUACCUUCACAGGAAAAUUCUUGAGGGCAUUAUAUCAGCGACUUGGGGUCAGACCAGCAUUCUCCUUGGCUUACCACCCGGAAUCAGACGGACAAACGGAAAGGGUCAACCAGUUUAUCAAGUUCUACCUGCGCUCAUACGUUGCAGCCGACCAUUCUGAUUGGGCCGCGUGGUUACCAUUGGCAGAGUACGCAUACAAUAAUGCCAAACAUGAAGCAACCGGGAAAUCACCAUUUGAGCUUGUCUAUGGACAAAACCCAGUCAUGAACCCGUCCAACGUGCCAGCCAACGUUCCAGAAGCAGACGCGGUAGCAGAUACACUAGCCCGGGAGUGGAAAGAAGCGGAAUCAGCCCUCCAAAUGAGUAAAGAACGUAUGACCAGGAGUCAAGGAGUAAUACCAGAGUUUUCAAUAGGCAAAAAAGUCUGGCUGGAUGGAAAGAACGUGGACCUUAGAACCAAUUCAAAUAAGCUGGACCCAAAACGACUUGGUCCCUUCAAGGUCAUAGAAAAAAUCUCCAGCCACGCCUACCGCCUGGAACUACCAGAGACUCUAAAAAUCCAUGACGUAUUCUAUGUUGGGCUACUAUCAAAAAGCCACAAGUCACCCAGUCAGCCAUUCCCAGAACGACCUCCCCCUGAGACAAUAGAAGGGGAAGAAGAAUACAAAGUUGAACAAAUCAUUGACUCUAAAUGCCAACGGGGAAAAUGGUUCUAUUUGAUAAAAUGGAAAGAAUACGGUCCGGAGGACAAUUCAUGGGAACCGGAGGAGCUAUUGGAACAUAGCCAAGAAGAGAUCAAGCGCUUCAACCAAGCAAAACUCAGAAAGGCUUGUGACGCCGCCAAGAGCCUUUAA